CUUUGUCUGGUUUCAAGUGCUCAUGUCUCCCCCAACACACACACACACACCUCGGAGCACUAUAAACCCCCGGCCCCCGAAAGCAGGUCACUGGAGAAGACGGCCUCAGACUUCCUGGGUAUUUGGAGCACUACACUGAAGACAGCAUCCCUCCAGACUACCCUGCCCUGACCUCCCGACACCAUGAAUCUUCCUUCUACAAAGGUUCCCUGGGCCGCCCUGACGCUCCUGCUGCUGCUCCUGCUGCCGCCGGCGCUGCUGUCGCUUGGGGUGGACGCGCAGCCUCUGCCCGACUGCUGUCGCCAGAAGACGUGCUCCUGCCGCCUCUACGAACUGUUGCACGGCGCUGGCAACCACGCGGCGGGCAUCCUGACUCUGGGAAAGCGGCGACCUGGACCCCCAGGCCUCCAGGGCCGGCUGCAGCGCCUCCUGCAGGCCAACGGCAACCACGCAGCGGGCAUCCUGACCAUGGGCCGCCGCGCAGGCGCAGAGCUAGAGCCUCGUCCCUGCCCCGGUCGCCGCUGUCCGGCCGCGACCACCACAGCUCUAGCUCUCCGGGGUGGGUCCGGAGUCUGA